AUGGCAUCAAGUGGUGCUAUCAAUAAUCACCCAUCACCUGUACGCAUUGCACGAUCGAAAAGUGGAGCUGAUUUGCUAUUUGACAAGAUGAAGCAAGACAAGCUGCAACAUGAUGAGCAGGCGGCUGUGGAUUUUCUUAAUGAGAUGUUGGAUGAUCAUGCAUCGAUUACAUGCGGUAAUCUGCAUGAUGAACUCAAAGAUGGGGUGUUGCUAUGCAACCUUGUCAACAAGCUCCGCCCAGGAACCAUUAGGCAUGUUGGCCAACGCGAUUUGUCUUUUAUCAAGAUGGAUAACAUUACCCGCUUUCUUCAAGGUGCACGGCAGCUUGGCCUCAAUGAUGCGCAGCUAUUUGAAACGAUAGACUUGUUCGAAGCUAAGGAUAUGCCUGCAGUCAUCCACACGAUUCUUGUAAUAGCACAAAUGCACUACAAGUCGGUUGAUAGGAAGAAGGAGCCAAAGGCGCCAAAGGAGCAUGUGCCAGCGGGUGAAAAGGAGGAUGCACAGGCGGCGAUAAAGGAGAUUCAAGAUGCUCCGAUUACCAUUGUCGAUGAUGACGAUGACAAUGAUGAUGAUGGGAGUGAUCAUGAAUCGACUACAGGCUAUCGAGAUGUUCGAGAUAUCUUCGCUAACGCAUACGAAGAUGAUCCCUUUGUGAGACCACCUAAAUCACCUUUAAGAGCAACGCCUAACAAGUCAAAUCCAUCACGACGAUCUCAUCAUCAUCAUCCACAACGAAGAAAAAGUGCAGAGGAACUUUUGACACGGCGGCCAUCAGCACCUGUUUUCUCAUCCCAAGGACGUUCGAAUCAAACGAGUACUCGUGAUUUUACAUCGAGCACAGCCAUGUCUCGUACAUCAUCAGCAUCUUCGUGCCAAUCCUUUCUUUCUUCGACAUCAUCCACAAGCUCUGAAACACCACCUGUAACACCACAAUCGACUACGGGUCGAAGUCGCCGAAAAAGUGAGAUGAUGCUUCAUCAUCAACAUCAACAUCCAGAACCACGUGAUCAAAGUGAGAAGGAUUUGGACCAUCGUCAACUACUCAAAGCAGCAGUGGAAAUCGAUAAGCAGGAUAAAGGCAGCACCACCACAAGCAAAUCGAGAGAAAAGAUCUCAUUGAAAAGCAAAGAUGGAUUGACACGAACACAAUACCAACUUGGCAAUUGUAUUGGAAAGGGUCAAUUUGGAUCUGUGUAUCGAGCCCUUGAUCUUUCCACUGGUGAAACUGUGGCGGUGAAGCGUAUUCGAUUGGAUGAUGCCGAUAUUGACCAAGAAAUCAUGAAAGAAGUCAGCCUUCUAAAGACAUUGAGCCAUUCGAAUGUCAUCCAAUAUCUUGGUUUCAUCAAGAGUCGCAACCAUAUCAACAUUGCAUUAGAAUACGCCGAAAAUGGAUCCCUGAUGUCCACCCUCAAAGCAUUUGGCGCAUUCCCCGAAAAGCUUGUUGCAUCCUUUUGCAUCAAGAUUUUAAAUGGACUUGAGUACUUGCACGCCAACCAAGUGGUUCAUUGUGAUCUCAAAGCGGCCAACAUCCUCACCACCAAAACAGGAGACGUCAAGCUAUCCGAUUUUGGUGUAUCACUCAACCUCAAAAUUAAAGGUGCAGAUGCUGGCACUGUAUCCGGCACACCCAAUUGGAUGGCACCCGAAGUCAUUGAGCUCAAAGGUGCUUCUCCCAAAUGCGACAUCUGGUCCCUUGGUUGCACUUUGGUAGAAUUGAUCACUGGCAAACCUCCUUAUGCAGAUUUGAUUGCCAUGUCAGCCAUGUUUCGUAUCGUUGAAGACAAUUAUCCACCAUUACCGGAUAAGAUUUCAGAUGAGAUGCAUAGCUUUUUGUUAUGCUGCUUUCAAAAGAAUCCCGAUGAUCGACCAACAGCAACCCAACUUAAGGAACACCUUUGGCUCCGCACUCAUCAACGACGCAUGAAGAAAUCAUCCACACUUACAAGCUAUUUGGAACAUAAACAACGAUCCAAACCACAACAAAAACCUAACCAUGAACGUCAACACCAUCAUCGUUGUCGUUCAUCAUCCAAAAGUAAGCGAUCAUCCAAUGUCACAACAGCAACGUCAUCCAGCGUGGAAUAUUGUCAUCCACUCGACCAGCAGCAACGGCCGGUUCGUUGCGAAGCUGCAUCUCCUAAACGCUUUGAUACCGAAACGUCAUUCGAUAACGAGAGUGGUAUGUCCUUUAGCGUUGAUGAGGAUUACAUCACACACCGAUUUAUCCAAACUUCAUUUGGCAAAGUGGUCGAAUGCAAAGUGUGUGGCGAUUUGAUGAAAUCUCGUGCUAUCUUUUGUGAAGUGUGUGCAUUGAUUUGUCACGAGGAAUGCAAGAAGCUUGCCUUUUCAUGUCCACCCAAAGUCAAGGACCAACAGCCUUCUUAUGAUUGGGUGUUUUCUGCCAAGAUUUACAACCGAAGCCCACAGGAUCGUACAUCCCAAGAUACAUCCGCUCGCAGUGCAAGUGCCCCUGCUAUUAAUUGGAACCGCCAAGACAUCUUUGGCAUGUCACUUGAAAACCAUCCACAAAUGGAAAACAUUCGAAAGUAUUCGUUAGCAUUGGGUUUGACGCAGCAAGAGCAACGGGCAUUGAGCGAGAAUCAAGCAUUACUAUCCCACGCCCAAGCAUUGCAUCAUAUGAAUCCCGAGGCGGUAGAAAAACUACUCAAACGAAAAGCCAAGGAUCGCAAAAAGAGUUUGGGUGCUGCAGUCAGUGGAGGAUCCACCGAGGAUUGCACUAUCAGCUAA